AAUUGAUUUUAAGUACUUUAUAGCAUGUAAAUAGUAUGAGUACAUCUUCGUACAUAAACAUGUGCAUUAGGGAAUAUAUUCCGCUUUUGUUUUGUAAAGCAAAAUAUUGAUUAAAUACAUUUUUAAAUGAUUGACACAUGCGUUGUAAAUGCUAGAAUAAUUCCAAAAACAUUAAAGCUAUAAUUUUUGCACACUGGUGUCUUAAACGUGUACAAUCGAAAUACAAAGAUGACAGCUGAGUUUAGCUCGCGUAACACUUUUCGGAAAACUGGACUCGGCAGCAAUACCCGCAGUAUUAUUACUUCUGCAAAUCCAUGCGGUGGAAGCAGCGCAUCUCUACUCCAAAAGCAGCUGUCAUUCAAAACCCCCAUUUGUUCUAAUCAGUUUGGCAAAAUUGAUGAAGUAGAAAUUAUCGACAACUCAAACAUAGAUAAUUUGGCUGGCCGAUAUAACAAGAACAAUAUUAUUGGCUGGAUAUGCUGUGCUCCUUGCAUAUGGCUGCGCACCUCAGCUGCUGUUCACAAGGUGGCAAUAACGUCCGCAACAUUAUUGGUGACAACAUUACUGGUCGCUUCACCAAUACUAUUUUUAAUUAGUACAGCACCUUCGCCGCUUCCCAGGGAUUGCUAUAUGGAAGGCGAUGGGUGCUCGCCAACAAUGUCAUCUCCAUCGGAAUGUACGGAAGCAAUUUGUGAAACAGUGGCUGCCAACAUUCAAGCAAGACUCAAUUGGAAUAAAGAUCCUUGCUCGGAAUUUAAAAAGUUCAGUUGUUGGCGCAGUAAUUUUAAUAAAAAUAUAACGAAUCUGAUCGAAAUGGGCAAUUCACAAAAAUCGGUUGAUACUCAAAUGCAGUUACUCUUGCAGAAUUCUAGUAUAAAUGGAAAUUUUAAGAUACUCCAGAGUUUAUUUGAGAGCUGUUUAAAACUCAAAACAAAUUCAAGUGCUUUACACCGUGUAUUUGAUACUUUAGGAGGGUACUUAACAGUUGGCGUCAUCGGUCCUUCGUCCAUAGCAUCUCUUGUAGCUAAAAUAUAUGAGCUUGGGCCAAGCCCACUUGUUGAUAUAUAUUAUGAUCUUAGUUAUGGUAGAAGACCGCAUGUGCUUCUCAUCAUAAGUGGACCAAGUACAUCAUCGAUUAUUUUGGAGAAUAAAGUUCGUUGGAUGAGCCCAAAAGCCCCUCCAAAUCGAUUAAAGCAAGGAGUACCAAAGCUUUUACCCGAUUUGAUUGACAAUUUUCUACCAAGCUUCUUAUCCUUUGCACAACGAGUAUCUGAAAAAGAUACCAUCCUAGAAUUUGUAAAGGAUCUCAAUAAGCUUCAAGUUGAACAAUCACGCCGAGGCUUUUGGGAUAGCUCUGUCUUGUAUAAUAUAUCGAGUUUGCAGGCUAUGUAUCCAAUUCUAAAUUGGACUCUUCUAAUUCCAAAGGACUGGAGUGGGCCUAUAGUUGUAAGGAAUGCUGAUUAUCUCAGAGCGCUACAAGCCUUUCUCACAAAGUAUCCGUCUCGAAUUGCACAUAACUCAAUGAUAUUGCUAAGCGCACUUGAACUAUUACCAAAAGAUUAUCCCAAUGCGGAGGUUUGCACACGCUCUACAAUGUGGGCCUUACCGGAAUUAGCGUCAGCAUUAUAUAUUUCUCAGUACUCUUCAGUAGAUUCAAAGGACAUAAUAAAGCGGGCGGAUAUCAUUUUCAAAUCAUUAAAAGCUCACUUGAAACGAGCUCCAUCCUUGAAGGGCGCCGCACUUGUAAAACUUUCAGCUUUAAAAAUACAGUCUCAGACUUGGGAAGGUUUUUCGAACGUGACACAAAUAACUAAUGCAAUGGAACCUCUUCAUAUCAGCCCAGAUAGUUGGCUGGAAAAUAUUUUACAAAUAUAUAAGCGGAACAAACUAGUACCCAAUUCAAUUAAUAUGGAUGGAAGCUCCCAUGACGCAUGGGCGUAUCCAAUUGUUUCGACCAUAUUUUAUGAUACAUUAAGCCAUUCAAUAGUUGUUCCCCUGUCGGUCAUAUUAAUACCAUAUUUCAAUGCAAGUCUACCACCCUAUUUGCAUUACGCUUCAAUUGGCGUUUCCAUUGCCAAGGAGAUUUUACGAUCGAUAACGAAAAACUUUGAUGAUAAGGCAAUGCGUUGUGUCCCCCAUUCUGUUAAUAUAUUUUCAAACUUUAGCCGCAUGGACAUCUUAAUUCAUUCUGGAGGAAUGCAGAUUUCAUAUCAUUCAAUGCUUUCGCUGACUGGCCCUAUCAAGGGAAUGGCUCGACUUCCAGGAUUGAAUUUGACACCAACACAAAUAUUUUUUCUAGUUUCUGCUCAAGAACUUUGUUCUGAAUCCAACUACUUGGGAAUCGACACAAGCGCUUCAGAGUUUGACAACAUAUUAGGUUGGCUCAUUGCCCAAGGCGGUAGCGCGACUGAGGUUUUCAAAUGUCCAUCGGGAUCUAUGAUUAAUAUUCAAAAAACCUGCAAUGUUCUUUAAAUGCGAUUUGUGUAUUAAAUGCAAAAUAAACCGUACUCUACUGAAGUACCUUGUUAAGAUCUAGGAUCUUUAAUAAUUUGAA